UCCCACGCCCCUCUGCCCGCUCGGGGAUGGGGGAAAGAAAGGACGGGCCCGCGCUUGCGCGCUACCAUCUCGCGGCCCAGAGGAGGUGGCCACCAGCGGCGCAGAGCGGCCGAGGGGGUGGAGACAGCACGGCCCCGGGCCUGGCUUUGCUGUCAGCAGCAGCCAACAUGGCAGCGCGGAGGCCCCGCACCGCCCCAGAACACGAUAGUGAUGACGAUUCCUAUGAAGUGUUGGAUCUAACAGAAUACGCAAGGCGUCACCAUUGGUGGAAUCGUUUGUUCGGCCGGAAUUCAGGACCAAUUGUAGAAAAAUACUCUGUAGCUACGCAGAUCGUGAUGGGUGGAGUAACUGGCUGGUGUGCGGGAUUUUUGUUCCAGAAAGUCGGAAAGCUUGCAGCAACUGCAGUAGGUGGUGGCUUUCUUCUGCUUCAAAUCGCAAGUCAUAGUGGAUAUGUACAAGUUGACUGGAAGAGAGUUGAGAAAGAUGUAAAUAAGGCAAAAAAACAGUUAAAAAAGCGUGCAAAUAAGGCAGCACCUGAAAUCAAUACUCUAAUUGAAGAGUCAACAGAAUUUAUCAAACAGAACAUCGUGGUCUCCAGUGGAUUUGUUGGAGGCUUUCUCUUGGGCCUUGCAUCGUAAGGAUCUGAAUUAUCUCUUCUGAUGGCAUUCACGUCAAAGAACAGUUGCGGUGACACCCUGUCAGAAAGCAGUGUGGAUCACUGGGCCCUCCAGAGCAAGAUGAGAGGACUAGGUAGACAACUUGGAAGCUUUUCCAUUUUAGGCUUAUGCCUCUUGAAGCUUGGCAAAACUAGGAUUUGCUGAAAAACUGCAGCGUGCUCAUUAAAGCAUUUCUGGGCAAAACUGGUUCAUCGUCAUCAUGACUCUUUUUGUCUAUGACCUUUCAAGAUCAAGCAUUUUUAAAAUGUUAGUCUUGGAAAAUAGAUGUGUAACCAUACUGUAAGAAAGCAAGCUCCAUUUCUAUGUUUGCAAGUAAAUACUGUUUAUUUUCAAAGUAUUUUUCUUCAUGCCGUAGUAGAUAGUAUCAAUGACUGCAUAAUGUAUAUGAUAAUGUAGUUCCAGCCUCAUGGCUGGCUGUGUUCUUCAAAAGUCACUGCAAUAAUCUUUAAAUCUGUAAUACUCUUUUUGUGGAGUAUUAAAUAACAAAGAAUCAUGAGCUCAUUAAAGGUGAAAAUUAACUUUGACUCUGGCCAUUGUAUACAUAGAGAAUGUCUCAUUGCAUAGCCUUUGGGCAUCUGGUACAAAUAUUUGCAAGUUACCUGUGAUUCCUGUUUUAAGUGCACGUCUAUGUUGUUUUUCCCAGAUGUGUAGACAUGGAUGAACUCACAGAUAAAAUUGUGGUGCACAGGUAACUGUUGCAAGUGCAGACUCCAUAGUGAUCUGAUAAUUGUUUCACAUACAAGUAAACUGUGGAGGCCAUUUCAGACUUGAGUAAAUGGUGAAAUAAAGAGCUGAAGCUUCUGGUAUGCGCACUUUGCAAGGGUUAGUACUUCGCAGGGCUUGGUAACACAUCAUCACGAUGUGCCUUGAAUGAACCCAAGGCUUCUCUUGUAGUCCCUUUAAGCUGGAAAUGCAAUCUGAAAUAUUGCUCGCCUUCAUAUUCACCUCUAUUGCCACUGUGUUCUGCCCAAUGUAGACCUUUUUUAAAAUCUGACUUCCAGUGCCUAGAGUGUCAGCUAUGAAAAAGCGAGGGUACAGAUUGGGUUCAGUCAGCUUAUUGGAAGAGUGCCUAUUUCUUCUGAAGUCUGGCAAAGCAAAUGGGACUGCUGGAUGUGGUUGUUCUCCAUCUUUGACAGAUCAAAGCGGGAGGCAGACUCAAAAGGAGAUUUGAAGCACGGCUGUAGAAAGGCUGGAAAAUUAAUUCUGAAGCAGGGUUUUAAAGUGGUUUAGGUAAUUUGUUGCAAGAUUAUCUUCAAGAACUUGGGAAUCCAGACACGUACUUCGUACAUGUUUCUGCAUUUCAGGCUUGUGGACCUUUUACCCACGGCCCUGUUUUUUGUGCUUGAAUAUUCUACCAACAAGUUAAUGUGAAACUGAGCCUGCCCUGUGCAGGUUGUGCUGGGUUCUCAUUUCCACGGCUGAACCAUAGUGGUGAUGCAUUAGCAUCUGAUGGCUGAAUGUGAACUUCUGACAUGUAGGACGUGUGAUGAACGUCAAUCAGGUGGACUGUACAAGAAAGGCCUUUGACGUAAGCUGAGGGCAACUGUGCACUUCAGAGGCCCGUACUGUAGGUUAGUUUCAUAUGCCUGCAUCUAGCCAGGGUAAGUUUUAAAGCAUGUCAUGCAUGCCUGCCAUGCUUAAGGAUUUAGUUCAGCUAAAACCUCUUGAAGACUUUGGAUAUUAAAAGACAAAGAAAACAAACAAACCAACCCCACAACAACAACAAAGAAACACUGAGGAACACAAAUAGCCACAAAUAAUGUUAACGUCUGAAGGUUUUUAGUUUUUAGAAGGUGAAUUUCUACAGCUACGUAAAAAUUGUUGCAGUUCACUGGAAGGGAGAAGCCCAGAGGCCAGCUCAUCCGAAUAAUAGUACAGUGUGAAAGUUUCUUUUCCCUAGUAUUCAAUCCAAGCAAUGUAUUGUUUUUGGCUGAUGAAGUUAAUGGAUUUUGGCAUGCCAAGAGCUACCUGAAGCCACCUGGUGCACAUCACGCAGACUGGCUGGGAGGAGCUUGGAUGUUCUGAAGGGAUCUGAGAAUGACGUGACCACCCCUAUAAGAUAUACCCAUAGACGAGCAUUUAAAAAGCAUUCUAUUCUACUGAAGGGUUUCUAGGGAGUGUGUUGUAGAGUUCUUUCUAAAAAGGCUGCUGUGACCAAGGAAUGCGUUUCAUAGUUAAAAGUAGAAUUUAGAAUAACUUUCAUAGCAGUCUGUGAGCCCAAUUUCUUCAGAGGAAUGUUUUGCUAUCCUGUUGCUGUUAUCUGAGAUUCUCAGACAGUGAAUAAAGAACUACAUGAUUGAACUAAA